AUGACAACAACAUUUCCAUCAAAAGAAUCAAUUACUGGUUAUAUUACUAAUAUAUCUAAUGAAAAUAGAAAGAAUAAAUUUUAUAUCAAAUUCACCAUGCAAACCGAAAACAAUGGUCAAGUUGAUGGCUGGAUAUUUAGUGACAUAACUGGAAUUUUAGCAACACCACUUGGAAGUGCUUUAACAAACUCAAUGAAAAAUCAUACAGGUUUACGUUUAUGGGGUAAACUAGAGCAAAACAAUGGAUUGACAAUAUUCAAAACUCAAGCAUGGUCUAAUUUUCAAAAAGUUAAUCCUAGUUUUCUAUUUCAAAAUCCAACAAAUGAUCUUUUAUCUAUUCGAGACGCACUUAUGUCUGCUGAACCUUGUUCUAUAAGAGUUUAUAUCAUCGAUAUUCGACCGCCUGAGAAUUUCGAUCGAGAUGGUGUUAUUCAUACAAAUACAUUUGUUUUGAUUGGUGAUGAUAGUGGUACAAGUUACUUGGUGGUAAUCGAUUUAGGUACAAAUACAUUUUCAAUAGAAAAAAGUUACGAUUUAACUCAAGUCCGUCGGAAGAUGUUCAAUGGCGUACAUAUUCUUACUACAACAAUCAACACGUACAUCUCAUUAGCCAUAACGUCUGUUACUGCUAAUAUUAGUGAAGUAACAACAACACUUGCUAUUGAUUUGACAGAUAAAAAAAAUAUUAUCUCUACAGUUGAAGAAAUUGGAACUAUCAAUCGAUCAAGUGGAUGUUCCACUUGUAAAGGUGUUCUAACAGAUGUAAUCGGCGCUGCUGCAUUGGUAUUUUGCCAAAACUGUCAACGACAUAGUUUAAAAAAAAGUAUCAAUUAUGAUAUUUCAACUACACUUGCAAUCAAAAAUGGGCAAGAAAAAAUUAUUCUACGGGCUUCAGGACAAAUACUCGAGCGACUUCUUAAUUGUGUUGGUCUUACAAUAGCAGCUGAUGAUACAGAAAUUGCGAUGGCAUUAUUAUCAAAUGUUAACUUACGUUUCGAAUAUACUGAGCUAGGACAAUCUGAUAGUUCUAUUGUUGAACAAAAUAUUCAAGGUUCAAUUGUAAUGGUAAAUUGUCGAAAACACUAUGCAUUUAUUAAAAGAAUGGAUGAUGUUCAACAACGCGAUGUUUUUGCACGAGAUUCGUCUAUAAUUAGUAAAACACAAAUUCCAAACUUUUUAAUAUCUGACAAAUGUACAUUCGAUAUGAAAAAAAGUACUAAAAAAUUUCAUAUGUUUUUUGUAAGAAAAUUUUUAUAA